UAGUUCUGCGAAGAUGUUGCCAAAUUGUGACAACGACCAAUCAAAUUGGGCAGUAUUUGCCGCAAGAGCUAUCAUUCCUUCCUUCCCACCCUAUAGGACAACUCAAUAUCCAAUCUUUGUCAAACGCGGGAUGAAGACCCCGCAUGUAGUAAUCCCAUUUUGGAGCUGCGAAACCUCACAUAUGGGAUCCAUGAAUUUUACAAUACUUCUUGAACUUGCUACCUGUUACUUAAGUCGGAGAACUAACCAAGGCUAAGAUAUAAGAAGAGCCUUGUUCCUUUGACGGUACUGAUAGAUCAUUUCAUCUGUAUGCAAACUCCUCUAUAAGAUACUUAUACCCCCCUUCUACAAUGCGUACGGACCAUACCUUUUCGAACAACAAUUCACAUCAAACCGCAUCUACAUCAACUUCAUCCAAUAUGCCUGAGCAUACCAUACUUCCAAUUGAUAAGAAUUGGACUUUCAAACAGGCGGGCAAUGAAGAUUCUAAAUUUCUCCCUGUCGCACAAUUUCCUACAAAUGUUCAUUUGGAUCUCAUUGCCAAUGGUAUCAUAGAAGAUCCCUUCAUGGGAAAGAACGAAAACGACGUCCAAUGGAUUGGUGAGACGGUCUGGGUAUACAGAACAACAUUUUCAUCGCCCAAGAUAUCAUCAGAAGACAAAGCUGGCACCAAAGCAGUCCUGGCAUUUGAUGGGUUAGAUACUUAUGCCACCGUUCUAUUGAAUGGAAAGGAAAUCCUCAAGACAGAUAAUAUGUUCAUACCUGAACGAAUUGAUAUCACAUCUCACCUAAAAGAUGAGGGAGAAAAUGAACUAGAAAUCACAUUCGAGAGCGCAUAUCUCAAAGGAUGUGCCAUAGUGGAGAAAUAUCCGGAUCAUCAUUGGGGUUGUUGGAACGGAGAUACUUCUAGACUUGCUGUUCGGAAAGCUCAGUAUCAUUGGGGAUGGGAUUGGGGCCCAACCCUUAUGACUUGUGGGCCAUGGCGACCAAUACACCUUGAACUUUUCACAUCCCGCAUCUCGGACGUCUACUUUACAAGCAAUGUGGACAAUUCCCUGAAAACUGCGGAGCUCGUUGCGAAGGCGGACGUUCAAGGUGAAGCAUCGCAAGUUAAGUUCGAUAUCACUUUGGACGGCGAGCUUGUUGCAAGUGAGACAGUCAUCUCUUCUGAAGGACAUGCUGCCCAUGCCUUUACUAUCAAAGAUCCUGCAUUAUGGUUUCCGAUCAGAUAUGGUAAACAGCCAUUGUAUAAUCUUACUGCAACUUUGAUUCACAAUGAUAAAAGUAUAUCAACGCAAACCAAGAAGUUUGGCUUACGCCGAGCAGAGCUAGUGCAGGACCCUUUGAAAGACCAGCCAGGAACCUCGUUCUUUUUCAGAAUCAACAAUAUUCCAAUUUUCUGUGGUGGCAGUGACUGGAUUCCUGCCGAUAAUUUCAUUCCCCGCAUCAGCAAAGGAAAGUAUUAUGAUUGGGUGAAGCUAGUAGCAGACGGAAAUCAGUUCAUGAUUCGAGUUUGGGGUGGUGGAAUAUUUGAGGAGCAAGCCUUUUAUGAUGCAUGCGAUGAAUUAGGCAUUCUAGUAUGGCAAGAUUUCAUGUUCGGCUGCGGAAAUUACCCUGCUUUCCCAGAUUUCCUCACUUCCGUGAAGAGAGAAGCCGAGGAGAAUGUCAAACUUCUUCGUCACCACCCAUCCAUCGUUAUUUGGGCUGGUAAUAACGAAGAUUACCAAUACCAAGAAUCCGAAGGUCUCACUUACGACUUUGACAACAAGGAUUCGGAGAGUUGGUUGAAGACCAAUUUUCCAGCAAGAUACAUAUAUGAGAAGAUUUUAGUCGAUGCCUGCACCGAACUAAUUCCAGAUACAUACUAUCACUAUGGUAGUCCAUGGGGUGGAAAACAAACCACUGAUCCUACCGUUGGGGACUUGCAUCAGUGGAAUGUAUGGCACGGUUCUCAAGAGAAGUAUCAAAACUUCGACAAGCUCGUUGGACGCUUCGUCUCAGAAUUCGGCAUGGAAGCAUUCCCAAAUAUCAAAACUAUAGAAUCAUUCCUUCCACUCGGCAAAGAUGAUCCCGACCGUUUUGCCCAAUCUUCCACCGUCGAUUUCCACAACAAAGCCGAUGGACACGAGCGCCGUAUUGCUCUUUAUCUCGUCGAGAAUUUCCGCUACGCUCCUGACCCCCUCGAACAAUUUAUCUAUUCCACUCAACUCAUGCAAGCCGAGUGUCUAGCUAGCGCCUAUCGACUAUGGAAACGCCAAUGGAAAGGACCCAGUAGGGAAUAUUGCGGGGGUGCCCUAGUAUGGCAAAUCAAUGAUUGCUGGCCCGUAACAUCCUGGGCAAUCGUCGACUACUAUCUCCGUCCAAAACACGCCUAUUAUACCGUCAAACGUGAAAUGGCGCCCAUUUCCCUAGGUAUCACGCGCAAAGAACACAUUACCCCCAAAGACAAAUACACCCGUGCCCAUCUCACCAAGAAAACCCAAAUUGAAAUCUGGGGUUCAAACCUAGGACUCGAAGAUAUCACAGCCGAUGUCCUCGUCAAAGCCUUCGACGUCACCACUGGCCAAGAAACCUACUCCAAAACUAUCGCCUCCUCUCUCCUCCUUCCCGAAAACCGCUCUACAGAAAUAACCGCCCUGGAUGUCCCCGUGCAAACCUCCAAUUCAGACGAAGAAUCCCGCACCGUAGUCGCCGCAUAUCUCAUCCAAGACGGCGUGCGUAUCGCUCGCUACAUCAAUUGGCCUGAACCGCUAAAAUACGUACAUUUGCAAAAACCCACGGAUCUGCGUGUCAAGCUGUCGGAAGAUGCAAAGACGGUAGAGAUUAGCAGUGAGGUUCCGGUCAAGGGGGUAGCGCUCGAGUGUGAAGAUGAAGAGGUGAUCUUUGAGGAUAAUUUACUGGAUGUGGUGCCCGGGGAAAUGGUUAAAGUGGGGGUUAAGGGGGCGAAGGCGGAUACGAAGAUUGGAGUGAGGUAUUUGGGGAUGAUUUAGGGGAUUGAGGGAGAGAUAUUUUCCCGGUUUUUACCUCCUUUUCUUUCAUUGUUCUUUUUGUUGAGCGCAUGGAUAGAUAUUGUUUCCUCGGGUCGCAAUGAUGAUUGAACGAGGAUUUUUACGAUGGAUUGGCGCUAGGUGAGAAUUCGUUCAUGAAAUAGGUCAAAUACAAAGAUCUGUCUUUUCAUACUGUCAAACUUCAAUUCUUGGUAACAGAUUCUGGUAGUAGAUGCAUACAAAUCAGACGAGUACGCUCAUCCUUCCGGGCUAGAAGCAUGAAGUAUUGUUUUCGAAUAGCUGCUGUACCUGGAUCCCAUCCGGACACCCUAAGUGAUCACAACACAGUCCAAGAGAAGUUCGGAUGCACGACCAU